GUAGAGGGUAGCAUCUAGGUUUAUAGGUAGGUCAAACUCAAUUCACUGGCUAUCUUAAAAACCUUAUAAUGAUCCCAUCUCAUUCAGAUCAGUCCUCGUGUUUCGCUGUGCUGAAAUAUCUAGUUAAGUCUCUUUUUACGAUCCCUCCCUACCAGUCUUCAGUUCGUUACUAAGUGCUCGAUUUCCUCCGAAUCCCAUCGACUAAUGAGUUAUUCAACCCGCGAGAUGCAGUCAUAGGUUGAAUUAUACGGUGGCUUCGACGGUGUUCCCGCCAACGCUCCUAUCGCCAGUCGGCUUCCACCCGUGCGCUCGGACGCACGUCCUCGCAACACCCCGCGCGGUCUCACAUCAACCCACGACAACAAAACUCCAUACACGUAUCUCACAGAUGAUACAAAACAAAAACUAGCAAGAUGAGAUUCCCCGGGAGGCCGUGGGUCGCCCUUCUAGUGACUAUAUUCUUAGUCGGCGCAGAAGCACAAUUCAUCAGACGAACAUGUGGCGACGACGACUUCCAUUGCCGUAGCGGAGCUUGUAUCGAGUCCAGCCGCCGAUGCGACAACGUUUAUGAUUGCCCAGAUCAUGACGACGAAUAUGGCUGUGAUUGUCGGCCCGAUGAGUUCCGUUGCACUAGCGAUGGUAACUGCAUCGAAGAACGUAAGAAGUGCGACGGAGUACCACACUGUGCUGACGGAUCUGAUGAGUUAGAUUGCCCCACUGGCUACUUUAAAUGCAGAAAUGGCAAGAUUAUUCCCGAAUCUUUAAGAUGCAAUCGUCAUUACGAUUGUACGCCAGAAGAUUUAUCCGACGAACAGAACUGUCCUUGUGGUGCAAACGACUUCAAGUGUGGUAACGGCUACUGCAUCCCAGCAUCCAAACAUUGCGACCGCACGAACGAUUGUCAGGAUGGUUCUGAUGAACGUCAUUGCUCUUAUGGCACAGUUUGCAUGGCUUAUGAAUAUGAAUGCACGAAUGGAAUGUGCGUGCAAGCCGAUGCCAGAUGCAACGGAACGGUGGAGUGUGAUGACGGCUCCGACGAGACCAGCUGCCCCUGCAAAAGGGACCAAUACCCAUGUCGGGAUGGUUCUUGUAUAAAUAUAGCAUAUCUUUGUAAUGGUCGGGAUGAUUGCAGUCAAGGCGAAGACGAGUACAAUUGCCGUACGUCGUGUCCUCCGGAUAGCUUUACCUGCAACCCAGGCUCUAGAAUCCUAUGCGCUGGUAAAUGCAAUGGCAAUCCUGAAUGCGACGGGGGCGAAGACGAAGAAGGCUGUGAAGCCUGUGAACACGAAUGCGAUGGGCGAUGUUUACCGACCACUGACAUAUGCAACGGCGUUCGAGACUGUUCGGACGGCUCUGAUGAAGUCAGCUGUUAUCACUGUGAUCGUCCCGAUGACUUCAGAUGUGACACCGAUGAAUGUAUUCCGUACUCGUUACGUUGCAAUGGGAUCCCUGAGUGUGCUGAUGGUAGCGAUGAGAAAAACUGCAAUAAGACCAUGAUCACUAGCCCUGAACAGCAAUGCACUUUCGAACAAUUCAGGUGUCUUUCUGACAAUACUUGCAUCGACAUUAACUUCUUGUGCGAUUACCACGAGGAUUGCGAAGAUGGAUCUGAUGAAGCAAACUGCCCGUGUCCUGAAGACAGCUACCAGUGUCACAACGGUCAAUGCAUGUCGACUUCGGUGUUCUGCGACGGUCACGUUGACUGUUCAGAUGGCUCUGAUGAGAUCAACUGCCCCGAGUCCACCACCGUUCGGCUACCAGUGACUACUCGGGUCGUCUAUAAUUACCCUACAACACAAAGAUACCCCAGCAGAGUUCCUGUCAACAGCAAUGGUGUAUGCAGCGCUCACCAAUGGCGUUGUGAGAACGGUCCGUGCAUAGACGCGUAUCGGCGUUGUGACGGACAUAUUGACUGUCCGUUCGACUACAGUGACGAAUUUGAUUGUCCCCGCAACAGUCCACCAGCGCUGAAACUAAUGACCUACCCAGCAAACCAGUCAGUCAGACACGGAGGAGAUGUGGUCUUCCAAUGUCGUGAUGAGGGACCUCUGCGUGCGAACGUCAGGUGGACCAAACAAGGAGGAAGUAUCAAGUCCGGCUCAACUGAUGUCCGAGGACGAUUGGAAAUGUACAAAGUUACCGAACGCGAUAGUGGAGUUUACAUUUGCCAAGCUGAUGACUACUUGAGAUUCCCUGGCUCACAAGUCCGCGUUGAGUUGCAAGUUGACAGUGCACCGGUGACCUAUGCGCCAUUCUCUAGCUGCCAACCCUACGAGGCAACUUGUGGAAACGGCCAGUGCAUCCCUAAAUCUGCCGUUUGCGACAUCAACUUCGACUGUGCCGACCGAUCUGAUGAGGAGAACUGCCACCACGACGGCAUGUGCGAACCCAACCAGUUCAAGUGUAACAACCAUAAGUGUGUACUGAAGACGUGGAUCUGUGACUCCGAAAACGACUGCGGUGAUGGUUCUGAUGAACAAAACUGUGGAAGGCCGACCGACGGCAGAUGCUCGCCUGCUGAAUUCAGUUGCAGUGCUGGAGACCAAUGCAUUCCCAGGAGUUUCCACUGCGAUGGACAGACUGAUUGCCAGGACGGCUCCGAUGAAUAUGGUUGCAUGCCUGUACACGUCACAAGUCCCCCGAAACCUUCGAAUGUGAAGCUGAACCCUGGCGAUACGUUGAUACUGAGAUGCGAGGCUGUCGGAGUACCCGUCCCGUUGAUUUCAUGGCGGUUGAACUGGGGACACGUCCCACCGAAAUGUUCCUUCACCAGCGAUUCCGGCAUUGGUGUUAUUACAUGCCCCAACAUGAUGCCUGAAGAUAGCGGAGCUUACUCCUGCGAGGCUAUCAACAACAAAGGUACUACGUUCGCCGCGCCAGAUUCCAUUGUAUUCGUCAAUAAGACUGACCCCUGCCCUCGCGGAUACUUUAACAAUGAGGCCCGUUCAGAGAGUGAAUGCAUCCGAUGCUUCUGUUUCGGAAAGUCCAGCCAGUGCCGCAGCGCUGAUUUAUACACUUACAAUAUGCCAACUCCUCUCGGAGAAGGUGGCACUAGACUAAUUGGAAUCAGGAACUCCCCAUCAGGAGAUGUCAUUAUUGAUACGCAACCCAUAUCUAAUCAAUAUUAUUACCAACCUUUGAGGAAUGGUGCAGCGGUAACUAAAAUUGACACAUCUGGAUGGCCCAGCGCACAUCCGUACUUAACGCUACCUGAAUCUUACAAUGGCAACCAGCUGAAGUCCUAUGGUGGACACAUCAAGUACACUGUGUCACCACACACGCAAGUUUAUGGUUUCGAUGACAGCAUACCGACCAUCAUUAUCAAGGGAAAAUACGGCAAUCUGUUCCACAUUAGUCGUGCUGGUGGUUCCCGAGACUUGAAUAUUGAGGCCCGUCUGACACCCGAAGACUGGUUGAAGAACAGCUCUACUGGCUACACACCUGCAACCCGAGAAGAUAUUAUGAUGACCCUCGACGAAAUCGAAAUGAUCCUCUUACGCUCAGACCUCAACAACGCCGGAGUAAAUAUUUCCGACUUCGCUAUGGAGUCUGCUGAACAUAUCAACGUUGGUCUCGGUGCCGCCAGCCUGGUGGAAGAGUGUACCUGCCCCAAGGAGUACGUUGGACUUUCCUGUCAGAAAUGCGCCUCAGGCUAUAUUCGCAAGAAGGUUGGGCCUUGGCUCGGUGACUGCAUGCCCGAAGAAUGCCCACCAGGAACCUACGGUGAUCCAGCCAGCGGCAUACCUUGCAAGCAAUGCCCAUGCCCCUUGACUAAUCGCGAAAACCAAUUCGCCAGGACCUGCUCACUAGGAUCCGAUGGAAGCGUAUAUUGUGAUUGCUUCCCUGGUUAUGAAGGCAAGCACUGUGAGGUGUGCGCCCCUGGCUAUGAAGGUAACCCAAUGAUUCCUGGAGACUCCUGCAAACCUGCUGUAAGGGACAACUGCAACCCUACUGGUACCAAGGUCAUCCGCCCACCAGAUGAGUGUGUCUGCAAAGAGAACGUACAGGGACGCUACUGCGACCAGUGCAAGAACGACUCCUUCUACUUGUCCUCAGAUUUUAGGCAUGGAUGCGCGCUUUGCUUCUGUUCGGGUGUCUCGCAACAAUGUAUGAGCAGCAACCUACGCCGUAAAACAAUCAGUGUACAGUUCAACGUACCUCAGAUCGUGGAUCAGGUGAAGAUCUACAACAUCUCCCCAACUGGACCACCCGGCUCUGUCAGAUACACGGCACCAGUGGAAACUGAACUCAAACCUCAAUUGUACAGGGGUGAUAUUUCCUUUGACCAGCUUGACCGCUCACAAUCCACUAUCUACUACUGGAGUCUGCCUUCCAGCUUCGCUGGUGAUAAGGUGACAUCAUAUGGUGGUUCACUAAACUAUGUGUUGAAGAACGUACUGAACUCACCCGAUGCGAGGUACAGGAACACCGCGGCUGAUGUUCAAUUGAUCAGCAAAAACCGCCUGACAUUCCACUACUUCGGUGACUUCGUAGCAUCUCAUGAAGGUAUUUUGAACGCCAGCGUACAGUUCCUUGAAAAGGGAUGGCAGAGACCUGAUGGCAAGGAGGUGUCUCGUGAGCACUUCCUUCUCGCAUUGGCUGACGUAAAGACAAUCUUGAUCAAGGCCACUUAUGCUCCUGGCACGGAAUUUGCAUCACCAGUCAGUGCUACCAUUGAAACUGCAGAACCUGACGGUUAUGGCCCUACUGCUUUCCACGUGGAACAAUGUAUAUGUCCCCCUGCUUACGUCGGAACUUCCUGCGAAGACUGCGCACCUGGCUUCAAGAGGAGCUCAACUGGUCUUUACCUGGAACACUGUGAACCAUGUGAAUGUAAUGGUAAAUCGAACAUGUGCAACCCAGAAACCGGAGUGUGCUACGACUGUGCUGACAAUACUGAUGGUGAUGAGUGCGAGCUGUGCAAGCCUGGAUACGAACGGGAUCCCUACGGAAACUGCGUCGAACUGCGCUCUAGCACUGUGCAGCCAUGCCGAUGCGACCCCCGUGGUACAACCGCCCCCUGUGACAGUAGCGGCAACUGCUUCUGCAAACAAAACGUUGAGGGUGAUUCCUGCGACCGUUGCAGACCAGGUUCCUUCGGACUUGACGCUAACAACCCUAACGGAUGCCUAUCCUGCUACUGUUCUGGCGUUUCUUCUGAUUGCCACGAAGGUAAUCAUUUUACGAGGGUCCCAAUCGCAGCGCCAGUACUUGGUGAAAACUAUGGAGGAUUUACAAUCACGGAUUUGAACGCCGAGAGAGUGACCCAAGAUAACUUCCAACCGAUGUUCCAACAAAGCGAGCUGGUCUACACUUUCGCCUUCAGACCUGAUAUUGAACUGUACUGGUCACUACCUAUCUUCCCUGGUAACCGAGUUCUCUCGUACGGUGGUACUAUCUCGUUGAGACAGAAAUUCAAUUCUAACGUAUAUUCGAUGUCUGAGCGUGGAACCGACGUCGUUCUCGACGGUGGUGACAUCUCUAUCUACUGGACCAACCCCAACCAGUUCCCAGUUGGAGUUUCUUACAGCUACCAAAUUCCUCUGAAGGAAGAAGGAUGGUACAUCUUGAACACCGUAACUCCUGCAACUAGAAGCAACUUCAUGAGUGUGCUUAGGAACCUGAAGAGAGUGCUAGUACGAGCUACAGUUGUCCCCAUUAUCGAUGACACAACUAUCGCCGAUGUUUCUAUGGACACAGCUACCGAAAACUACGACCCGAUCCUUCCAGCUGCCAAGGGCAUUGAGAUCUGCAUGUGCCCGCCCGGUCACUCCGGAACCAGUUGUGAGAGCUGCAAACCAGGCUACUACAAGGACCAACGUGGUAACUGCCAGCAAUGCCCAUGCAACGGAAAUGACUGCCAGCUCAACAGCCAGGGACAAGUUGUGUGCAACUGUCAGCCACCAUACACUGGCUACGAUUGCUCAACUAUCGGAUUGAUAAUGGAACUACAUCCGACUAUCCACGAAGCCGGUGACGACCCUUACUCAAGAAAGGUGACGUUUACAUGCAAAUACCGUGCACCUGAACCGCUCACUAUAAAGUUCUACCAUGAGGGCGCGGAGCAAGAUCCUCCAAAGUAUUAUUACGAAGCGAGACUCCACAAGGAUGGAUGGCACUCAACUCAUGUCUGGCACACCGUCUGGGACACCAGACAACAAGGGGACACUUACGAGUGCCAUACUAUCACCGAAAAGGGAUUCACCCUCGGUGUACUGACCACCACUUUGCCGGAGCCAGGCGGUGAAUCAUCAGUAACACCGGUACCCGUUCCGCAACCAGAACCAACAGUCGAAGUGAUGAUCACCAGCCCAACCAUAAAGAUCCAGGAAGUCGGCAGCAGCGUUAACUUCACUUGCCGAGCCCAAAGUCGUAACUCGAGAAUGCGUUUGCCUGUUAGAUGGAUCAAGAGCGGAGGAGAGCUACCUCUUGGCCGCUACCAAAUUGAUGAAAAUGUCGGUCUCCUUCUGAUCACCAAUCUGCAGGUUUCCGAUAGCGGCAAAUACAUUUGCGAAACCAACGACGGAGUCAACACGGCCCAAGCUAUUGCUACCCUCAAAGUGCCCGGAAACGAAAUGACUAUGCCAAGCGUCGAAAUAUACCCGCCAGUGAACGACUAUUAUGAAGGAGACUUCGUUCAGUUGGAAUGCCGCGUCAGAGGCAACCCCACUCCUACCAUCAGGUGGCAGAGAGGAUCUAACCAACUUCUCCCAUUGUCUUCAACGUAUUAUGACACCAGAUUCGAAAUUGAAAGUGCUCGUGUUGAAGAUUCCGGUGAAUACAGAUGCAUUGCCAGCAACACUGUUGGAUCUGCUGACCGCACAGCAGUAAUCACGAUUCGUCCCCGCCCAUCCUAUCAGCCAAGUGACAAACUUACUGUCUCCAUUCCCACUCCAACUGUCGAUGAAGGCCAGAGCAUAAUGAUUGCUUGCACAGGCACUACAAACAUCCCAGCAGGAUCUAUCGACUGGGUCAGAAAAGACAACGCUGUGUUCCUAUCUAACGUGAGGUCAGAAAAUGGAGUUCUGUACAUUGAUUACGCACAGCCUGACAACCAAGGAGUGUAUAUUUGCCAGUCUACUUUGUCCAAUGUGUCACCCGUACAAGUACUUGUGACUGUUGUACAGGCAGAACCAGUGACAGAAACUUAUAACAUCUCAGCAUCGGUAGACCGUCUGAAGAUCCCGACUGGUGGAAGUGGAACUGUUGAUUGCAACGUCUCUGGACGCCCCACCCCACUCAUUAAAUGGACAAAGCACGAUGGCUCCUUCGGAUCUGAUGCCAGUCAGCGCGGUAACACGUUGAUCAUAAACAACGCAAAGGACAGCGACCAAGGAUACUAUCUAUGCGAGGCCAGUGUUGGUCCCAACGCGGUAGCCAAUUUAUAUGUCUUCGUUGAAAUUGAAAGACGUGAACCACCUAGAGUGGAGAUUUGGCCACCAGAAGACAAGGUGCAGGCAGUGCAAUUAGGAGGAGAACACACAUUGAUCUGCCGAGUUCUUGGAGGCAUUCCUGAGCCAGAUGUGACGUGGAACAGAAAUGGAGGACGUCCUCUUUCUAGAUUUACAGAAAUCCGUCCCCAUCAUGAACUUAAGUUUACCAAAAUCGAAGUGAACGAUGAAGGUGAAUACACGUGCACAGCACGUAACGAUGCUGGAACUGCCAGUGCUAGUGCUAUCAUCAAAGUAAGGGCCCUCCCUGAGAUCACUAUCGCCCCCAACCCCUACGUGCAAGUCUCCGCUGGCGAGAGCAUCAAUAUCGAGUGCAGAGCUAACGGAUACCCCGAACCUGUAGUGUCCAUCCAAUUCGGCGAUUACCGUGACGUAGCUCCAGCGGCCUCUGGUCACACCUCAUUGCGCAUAGCAUCAGCUAAAGAGGAAGACAGCGGAUUCUACACAUGCACAGCCACCAACGCUGCUGGAACUACCAAAGAACAGUUCAGUGUGGUAGUGGAUAGAGGAGAUGGUGGUGAUGAUGGAGGUUUUGACUAUGGAAGCGGAGACGGUGAGAUUGACCCUGACGCACCUAGAUACCCUCCAAGACCUGACGAAGUCCCAAGCAACCUAAUCACCAUUGAAGGACAACCAGAAACUAUCUUAUCUUGCCGUCAACCUGGCGACAAUGUGAGGUGGGAUCGUGCUGAUAGACAACCUCUACAACCAAACGCAACUCCUGACCGAUCAAGACUCAUAAUCUACAAUGUCUCAAAGAGCGACUCUGGAGAGUACGUCUGCAACGUUUACAACCAAUUUGGCGAAGUGCAGCAAUCAAUCUACACGAGUUUAAUUGUAGUCACUGCACCAAAGAUUACUCUGCGCCCACCAAUACAGACCGUGCACCCUGGACAAUCACCCAUUGUAGAAUGUAUCGUUGAAGGUGACGAUAUUAUUGAUAUUACAUGGAUACCUCACAACAGGCAACCUUCAAACCGUGUAGAUACUCGGUCCUCUAGACUCAUCUUCAACCAGAUCGAGGUUGAAGACGCUGGCCGAUACGAAUGCUUCGCUCGAAGCAGAUACGCUAACGCAAGCGCCAUCGCCGAGGUCGUUGUUAGCGAAGAUUCGGAUCAUACGGCGUCCGUGUCGCACGACAAUGAGCAGAGGGCACACGUCGGCGCCGCUGUGCACCUCAGCUGCAACGUGUCCCAACCGAACGUCCGCAUCGUGUGGUCCAAGGAUGGACGGGCGCUCCCCCGAUCAGUGAGACAGAAGCAAGACGGGUCGCUCUACAUUCGUCGCGCGCAAAAGUCCGACUCUGGCAAAUACGUUUGCAGCAUUCAAGAUCUAUAUAGAAGAGUAAUAACUAGCAAUUACAUCAACCUGCACAUCCAGGGUUUUAAGUGCUUGGAUACAGAAUAUCCUUGUAAUGACAACAGUGGUUGUAUAGACGAAAACUUACUAUGCGAUGGAUACAGCCAUUGUCAAGACAAUAGCGACGAGGAAAACUGCUUGUGGCGAGAUAGACGUUACUUGGAGGGAACACGGAACAAGUACCUCUCACACGAUGGACCUCGAGAACCGACCUCUGAACCACAACGUUUGGUAUCGAUUGAUCAACCACGAAGGCAAUUUAGAGUUGGAGACAAUGUAGACGUGCUGUGCAAGGCCAGGUCUGGUAACAUCAGGCUGCAGUGGCUGCGCGUAGGAACCAACCAAUACGUGGCCUCCUUGACAUAUGGCGAUGGAGUAAGGCUGUCUCUAACCGGAGUGACCAAUAGUGACGCUGGCGUUUACCGCUGCAUUGGCAGUGACGAUCGUGGCCGAACAUUCUAUGAUGACUUCAACCUUGAAGUUGAAGCAGGCGGACCAUUCUACCCAGACAACAGGGAUGUAUCAGUUGCCCAAUACACCGCUAACCUGCGUGCCUCAGUUGACCUACCGUGCAUUCACAACUUGGAACACCCUGUAACUAUCGAGUGGAGACGCGAAUUCUCCGCUCUGCCAGCUGAAAUCCGCGCUGAUCAGCCCAACCUCUACCUGAACUCUGUGACUGAGGCGGACGCUGGUACCUACGUGUGCCGCGUCAGCAACAGCCGCGCCACUGUCGAAGCUCGCGCUAUCUUGACUGUCACUGGAGUAGUUCCACGUUUCAAUGGAGAUGGCUUCGUCUCACUUCCAACUUUGAGGGAUCCUUACCAACAGUUCGACAUCGAAAUAUCGUUCAAACCCGCCGACAACAAUGGACUGAUCCUCUACAACAGUGAGAACCAAGGACGCGCCGGUGACUACAUUGCUCUGCACCUUAGGGAUGGUAUACCCGAGUUCAUCAUGGACACCGGCACUGAACCUCUGAUUGUAAAGGGAGAUCGUCCUCUGCAAUUGAACGCUUGGCACACAAUAAGGGUGUCCAGAACCAAAUCUAAGGUAACAAUGGACGUCGAUAACACCGGACCUUUCAUUGCGGAAUCUCCUGAACAAUGGGUGGUGCUUGAACUGAAGCAGCCUCUGUACAUCGGAGGAGUGCCUGACUACGACCAACUGCCUAUUGACCUAGCUGGAACAUCUGGUUUCAUCGGUUGUGCUAGCAUGCUCAUUUUGGGCAGAGAAGAAAAGGACAUUAUGAUGGACAGUCUGGAACGCAGCCGUGUAAGCGAAUGUGACUCCUGUUCUCCCAACCUUUGCUUGAACGGAGGUGUAUGCCAGGAGGCCCGUAACGAACGUGGUUAUAGUUGUAUCUGCGCGUCAGGCUACGCUGGAGUAAACUGCGAUAGGACUGGUGACGCUUGCCGUCCAGGACUAUGUGGGCCUGGCAAGUGUACCGACACCGUUGACGGAUACAAGUGUGCUUGCCCCGUCACACACACUGGCAGAAACUGCGAGGAAAAACAAUCGAUUGAGUACCCAGCUUUCACUGGUAGCGCAUAUUUGGCCAUCAAGCCACCAGCACCCUCCCGUACAUUGAGAAUGUCGAUGAGGAUCAAGGCAGCAUCUCCCGUCACUGAUGGAAUCAUCAUGUAUUGUGCUGAGUCACCUCGCGGAUACGGAGGUUUCACAUCUCUGGCUGUCCACGACGCCAGGCUUGAAUUCCGCUACGAUCUUGGAGGAGGAAGCGUACCAGUUGUCCUGGUCAGCAACAGGACCCUCUCAGCUAACGAAUGGACAACCGUUCACAUUGCCCGUGUAGGCUCUGUAGUCUCUCUGCGCAUUAACUCUGUACAUAGCUUCGAGCAGCAACUCGAAUCACCGAAACGGGAUCUUAACUUGGAUACUCCGAUCUUCGUGGGUGGUGUGGAUGACUCAAUCACCCUGAACAACAACACCGGAGUUACUGGAGGGUUCAACGGAUGUAUUGCUGACUUCAAGUUGCAUGGAGAAGCUGUGGACAUCGUCAACUCAACCAUUCAAUCAGCGAAUGUGAAAGAAUGUAAUGCGUACGUCCGUGGUGACAUCCCUGAUACUGAGAUCGGCUGCCAAUGCCACAACGGUGGAUCCUGCACAACUGACUCCUCAACUUGCGCCUGCCCCCCCGGCUUUGGAGGUUCUCUCUGCGAGAACCGCGUGCCCUCCUCCAUGAGGUCCUCUCGCCAGCCUCCUAGCGAUCCCUGCGCGAUGCGACCUUGCCGCAACGGAGGAACCUGCCGACCUGACCUCAGCUCCAGAAUGAACCACACCUGUGACUGUCCUCUCGGAUACGCCGGCACUUACUGCCAAAUUGCUCUUGAACUACACCACAGCGUCGGUUUCAACGGCAACGGUUACUUAGAACUUCCCGCAAAUCUCAUAAGAUACGAAAACUUGGACGUAGACCCUGUUAUCAUUGCCCUCGCCAUCUUCACCAGCCAGGAUGGAGUGCUGGUUUACCAGAAGGAAGCCCAAAGCCCACCAUACUACGGCGACUACAUCCUGCUGAGAAUUGAGAAUGGCAUCGUCAAGUUCGAAUGGGACAACGGUGGUGGUAAGACUGAGCUCGCGGUGAACGCCUUCGUUAAUGAUGGAGUUCGACACCAGGUUAUCGUCAAAAUGUUGGAAGAUGGCCAGGUGAUCCUAUCAGUCGACGGCAGCGAAAACUCUGGAUACAGUUCUGGCAUUUCCAACCUCAUGAACGCUGACUCAAAUAUUUACCUUGGUGGUAUACCUGAUAGCAUCAACCAGCAGGGAUACCCUGGCUUCACUGGUUGCAUCCACCAAAUCGAGCUGAUGAACUCAGACCGAGGCUUGAACCUUGGACAAGUUGCUGUUACUGGAAGAAACACGCAGCGAUGCAAGGAGUAA